GGUGCAUGCUGGGAAACUACAAACUCGACGAACCGCCAUCUUUCUUAACAGCGAGUUAGUAGGGCAAAUAACAACGAGUUUCAAAUUAUUAUUUCUCCAAAGGCGAACCGUUGAAGCAGUUGUACUUAACCUUAUAUCGUAUAUAACAAGUAAAGAGAGGCGCGGGUGUGGCGAGGUUUAUGAUAUAGUAUACACAUCAGCCGUAACGCGCACAGCGGUUUGGUGUAGGCGCUCGACAAGUGGAGGUGGUCAACAUGGGCCGCUCUCGAAGCCGCAGCUCGUCCCGGUCCAAACACUCCAAAACCAGCAAGCACAGCAAGAAACGGAGUCGGUCUCGGUCUAAGUCGAGGGACAGGGAGAGGUCCAAGAAGCGGUCGAAGUCCCGGGAAGCGAAAAGGAAUCGGCGCAGGGAGUCUCGCUCCCGUUCCCGGUCCACCACAGCCUCGUCUCGCAGAGAGCGAGCAGCCUCGCCGCCGGAGCGCAUCGACAUCUUCGGCAGGACGCUGAGUAAGAGAAAUGCCCUGGACGAGAAGCAAAGGAAGGAAGAGGAGGAACGGAAGGCAGAAAUGGAGAGACAACGGAAAAUACGGCAGCAGGAGAUUGAGGAGAAGCUGAUUGAGGAGGAGACGGCGCGGCGAGUGGAGGAGCUGGUGGCCAAGCGGGUGGAAGAGGAGCUGGAGAAGCGCAAGGACGAGAUUGAGCGGGAGGUGCUGCGGCGCGUCGAGGAGGCAAAGCGCAUCAUGGAGCGGCAGCUGCUGGAGGAGCUGGAGAGGCAGCGGCAGGCUGAGCUGGCGGCGCAGAAAGCCAGAGAGGAGGAAGAAAAAUCUAAGCGGGAAGAGCUGGAAAAAAUCCUGGAGGAGAAUAACCGCAAGAUUGCCGAGGCUCAGGCCAAACUGGCUGAGGAGCAGUUGCGUAUUGUGGAGGAGCAGAGAAAGAUCCACGAGGAGCGCAUGAAGCUGGAGCAGGACCGUCAAAAGCAGCAGAAGGAGGAACAGAAAAUCAUCCUUGGCAAGGGCAAAUCCCGGCCCAAACUCUCCUUCUCCCUUAAGGCCACCGAAUGAGAUGCUUCCCCAUCAUCGACAUGUCACGCCCAGCCUUCAUCCCCACCCAGCUCUCCUCCUCAUCGUUCAGCCCCACUCCUCCGCUACGGAACGCUCGCUUCGUUUUGGAAGUGCUGACGGAAGGCAGAGGAAAGGGGCUUAACCCAGCGAGCGAGCUUUCUCAUCCUCGUGAAGGCCAACGUUGUCCCUCCUGGUCUUGAAGAGGAAGCAGCUCUCACCCCUGAAGGAUCUGACUGCUCCCUCCGUCCUUCCUCGGCCCGCCACACAGAUGACUCUUGUUUGUUCUUUGUUGUUUGUUUUGUUUUUUUUUUUCUCGAUUUUAUUUUAAUUUUUAGGGAACUUGAACUUUGAUGUAGAAUGCUAUAACCUGUCCCUCCCCCUGUAAGUCUUAACUCUUGUGUAACAAUGAGCAGCUAUGCGUUUGCGCCCUUCAUCACAGCCAGCAAACGACAACAGGAAGACAGUCCUGAGAGAGAAGGAGUGCGCUCAGUGUGAGACCUAGUGCAAAUUGGGAGUUGGCUUGUGGUUGUUCCUUUUUCUAUGUUUUAAAAGUGAGACCCUUAAUUGGCAGACACAGUGGUAACAAAUCACAGCACAGCAUUUAAAAAGCACAGUUUAACUUCCCGUCCAGUUGUCCACCUCAGCUACUUCCUUUACCCGUAUGCUGUCCCUGCCCUAGAAAUCUAGAGCUUCUUUUCUCCCUGCUUCGGCUCUAUCUGCCGUGUGUACACUUGUUCUAAAUGGCAUAACAGCAUGUUGUCUUGAGGGGAAACAUGGAGCUCGUGUUUGAUUUAAAGUCGCUGCAGUGCAGGUGAAGUUGAGCCCGACUCAAAAGCUACCACUGAUUGAACCACAAACCAACAGGAUACGUGUCGUUUCCAAGAUAAGGGGGCCUGUGGGUUAUGGAGGAGACGGGUCUUUUCCUUUAUGAUGUAAUGUAAUUAGCCUUGCUGUGACACGCCGACUCCCACUCUCUCUCUCUUCCCCUGAGUUCAGAUUGCAUUAUGAUUCAUGGUUACAAAACUUAAAAGUCGCAGUAAUGGUAAAUAUCUGAGCUUUGUUUUUAUCAGACUCUGUGAAUUGUACAAAAACUCCCAACCUUCAGUCCGUGUCCUGUCUCAGAGCUAUGUUGUAGUAAAUUAUCUGGGCAAGAUGCCUCGCUUGGUAAGUCUUGAUUUGUAGAGGAUGCACAAGUUCAGGUAAGAAAAGGUUUGAGGUUAGUGCGAGUGCGUGCGAGUGUGUUUGCGUGUGAAUGGUCGUGACUGACGGGCUGACCUCAGGUGGGUAUAUGACUUCUUAUUGUGGGAUCUUGAUUUGUCAUCCAACUCCCCCCCCCCCCCCAACUGUCAAGGGACUGAACAGAUUAAUAAAUCCAUUGAAUGCC